AUGUUUGCCAAAAGGCAAAGUGAUGGCAAUGGUGAGUCCGACUCAGACAACGAAUUCAAGGAUGGUGCCAUGGUGAAAAGAAAGUCCCAAGGCGGUCAUGAGGAUCCAGCGACCAGUAAACUCGAAAUGCCACUAUCAGUAAAAGCAGUCAUCAAUAAGAUUGAGCAAGCGCAGCUCCUUCGGGCCAAAGAGGCUAUUCUCUCACGGCUGAUCGAAAUAAUGAGCAAAGUGGAGCUGAUAAUGACACGCUAUGCUAUUGACAUCACCUCUCCUGGGAAGAGAGGCUCCAUCUCAGAAAACUAGAGAAAGAAGAGAAAGGUUUUCUUAGAGAAGAUAGCUGCUCAUGUUAAGAGUAUUGAUAUCAGAGAAAAGAUUCUCACCAAACUUCUGUCCUGGCUAGAAGAAUGGAAUUUUGUGCUGUCGGAGGUGGCUGAGAUUGAUGUUGAUGAAUACCACCACUGGAUUGCGCAGAUGGAACUACUGCCAGAAAUGGUGAAGGAGAUGGACAGCAAUAUCAAUACUCUCUGUCAGAUCACCACAUUGCUCUUAGAAGAAAGGAAGAGACAAAAGAAAAAGUUAGUGACUAGAGGUACUCUCUGGAAAGCUUGGAAGGAGCGCGUUAUAAAGCGGCCUGCAGUAGCCCACGCUUUAAGACCGGAUCAGAUGAUUUGCGACCAACUUGCAUUAAAUACUAAGGUUUCAGAAAUUCAAGACAUGCUCCAGGAACUCAUCAGCUCAGCCAUGUUAACCAAACUGGAAAACAACGCCAUUAAAUACAUAUCAUCAACUAUGCUGAACCUUUCCAAAGCCUUGAAUACAGUCAGUGAUGAGCUGAAACUUAUGAACCUUCAAGUUACCAACGUGAGUGUGAGUGAAGAAAAAGAGACAGAAAAAGACUUCUUCCAGAAGGUCUUCCAAGAACUCAGUAAAGAAAAUGAAAUGCUUCACCAGAAACUUAGAGAUUCUGAAGAAAAGUGUGACCAACUUAUUCGAAUAAAAAAUUUUCUAGGACGCCAGCUAUUGGUCCCAACUACAAGCUUGAGAAUGUUAGUUGUAGGGUCUCCACAGGCACCUGUAAGCACAGAUGUCAAUGCAGGGGAGAUUGACAGUCUCUUAAACAAAGAGCUCGAAAAGAUUAUAGAUGAGUCCCAAACGAAGGGUGUCAGAACCACUGCAAUAAAGUGGGACUCGAGUAUGACAUAUGUUGCCCAAGGUGAAAUGACUCUAGAUGUGCCUAAGCAGCAAGCUGAAGAUAAGGUUGAUCAGGAUCAGAAAAAGCAGCUCCCCCCAGUCCCAAUACCAGCUGAGACCUGGGACACAAACCUGGAGAAAGAGGAAAAGAAAGUCGUGGAGGUAGUAUCCAGUCAGUUUUCCGAUCUACAAGCACUGGACAUGAAGAGAAAAGACGGGAAAUCACAGGGCCAGGAAGUCAAAAGUGGAGCGAGUAGCCUGUGGGAACGAUUCAAGAAGGGCAGAUCGGAGCACUCACUUGGAAAAAGCCCAGCUUCAUCAGAGAUUAAAAUAGUACCCCCUGUUAAGCCAAUGGACAAAGAAUCCAAGGCUGAGGUAGAACAAACCAAGGCAAGCCAGCCUGAGAGUACCCCAGAGCUACCCAAAACAGAAACAAAGGGGAAAAAACCCGUACCAGGAAAAACUGAAGAAAUGCCAGGCACCACAAGACAGCAGCCAGGUAAAUUCCAACCCAAGACGCCUAAGCAGACCCCAGUAACUCCUGAGGCCAGAAGUGAACAAAAUUACCUAGAAUCAUUUCAAAAAGCCAUAUUGGCUUUCCUACAAGAAAAAACGAAUAAUGUAGGAAAGGCUUUUGAUCCAAAGAGUAUACAGGAGGAGGAGAAAUCAUUGGAAAGAGCAGAAGUUGAAAAAUUAUAUCUCAUAAAGGCAAAAACGGAGGAAUAUGUCCAAAGAGUGGCUGAAACUGUGACUAGAACUGUGAGGGCAUACAAAGAGGCGAGGAGAAAACAGCUGAGCAAACCAAAGACACCCACGGUUUCACCGCAGUUGUUUGCUAGGCAGGGGUUCAUCAGUGCCAAGUCCGACCUCGCCAGCUUUCUCUUAAGUGAGAUGACAGACCCAGUGGUCAGGGCACUAACACAAACACUCUUAGAUGAACUGGAGAGCGAGAAGGACAGUGUGACAGUCUCAACAGCAGGCCAAGACCACAAGGACAAGAGGCAGGAGUGGCUGAAACUGGAGGGGGAGGCCGGGAAAGAAGAGCACAGACUUCAGAAACAGGUCGAGCCAAAGUACAGGGCCCGGGAGAAGGCAGCAGAGCUGGAAGAGUGGAGACCGGCGACGGAAGCGCCCGACGUGAGCUGGGCUCAGGACCUGAGGGAGAGGGAGGACAGAGACAAGGAGAAGCUGAAGGUGGUGAGAGAUGGAGAAGAUGGUCAGAAGCUGAAAGGAAGCAAAGCAAAGCUGGCCAAGAGUGACUCAAAGUCUAAAGACCUUUUCAAAACCUUCACCCAGAGCGCUAUGGUCUUAACGCCCAGGUGGAUGAAAACCCUGAAACCCCAGACGAGCCAAGUACAGUUAUUCCAAGUGGAUCCGAGAGCCAUGGAAAGCCCUGAUGAGAAGCAGCCCUUCUCUUCCAGGACCCUCCUGGUUUCUGCAGAGCCCCUCCCAGUGCCCAUCCCUGAGCAGGCCCAGAUAGUAGAUCCUAAGAUGUCCCCAGUUUCAAUGGUAUCUUUCACCCCUGAGCGGACACAGGUUUGGGGUGGUCCUCCUAGUCAUGACCCCAUGACAGAGGUACAGAUCCCUCCUCCCACAGCAAAGCAGGAACAAGGUCUGAUGGCUCUUAGGACCCUUCAGCAGGCACUGACUUCAGGGGGGGCUUUCUUAUCAGGAAAACCCCAGGCGAGGCAAAUCCCCCAAACUGCUGAACAAGUACCAAUAUCUGGGGUCACAGGGACCCAAAGAGCAGUUCUACCUCUCCAGCAGAUCCAAGGAAAAGACAUCACCUCUCAGCAGGCCCUGGAUCAAGGGAUUGCCCCCACCCCUGAGCUAGCCAAAGAACAAAGGAUCACACUAACCCCCCAGCAGGCCCAGGCCCUGGGCAUCAUUCUUACGCCUGAGCAAGCCAAAGCCCAGACCAUCAGUCUGACCCCUCAACAGGCCCAGAGCCUAGGGCUCACUCUCACGCCUGAGCAGACCAAAGAAAGGCAGAUCAGUUUGACCCCCCCACAAGCUCAGGGCCUGGGGAUAACACUCACCUCUGAGCAGGCUCAGGCCCUGGGGCUCACUCUCACCCCUGAGCAGACCAAGGCACAGAGGGUCAGUCUGACCCCUCAACAGGCCCAGGGCCUGGGAGUCUCUCUCACCCCUCAGCAGGCCCAGGCACAAAGGAUUAAUCUCACUCCUCAGCAGGCCCAGGCCCUGGGGAUAGCAAUCACCCCUCAGUUGGACCUAGCACAGACAAGCAUUUUAACCCCUCAGCUAGCCCAAGCACAGCAGAUCACCAUCACCCCAGAGGAAGCCGAGGACCUGGGGAUUAUUCUCACCCCUCAGCAGACCAAGGUUCAGGGGAUCAGUCUGACCCCUGAGCAAGGCUGGGCUCUUGGGAUGGCUCUUACCCCUGACCAGGCCCAAGCACAGGGGAUUAUUCUCACCCCUCAGCAGGCCCAGGCCCUGGGGCUCACUCUCACCCCUCUACAGGUCAAGACUCAGAGGGUCUGUCUGAGUCCUGAGCAGGCCCAGGCCCUAGGGAUAACAAUCACCCCUGAGCAGGCCCAGGCCCUGGGGAUAGCAAUCACCCCUCAGCUAGCCCAAGCACAGCAGAUCACCAUCACCCCAGAGGAGGCCAAGGACCUGGGGAUUGCUCUCACCCCUCAGCAGGUCAAGGUUCAGGGGAUCAGUCUGACCCCUGAGCAAGGCCGGGCUCUUGGGAUGGCUCUUACUCCUGAGCAAGCCCAAGCACAGGGGAUUAUUCUCACCCCUCAGCAGGCCCAGGCCCUGGGACUCACUCUCACCCCUCAGCAGGUCAAGGCUCAGAGGGUCUGUCUGAGUCCUGAGCAGGCCCAGGCCCUAGGGAUAACAAUCACCCCUGAGCAGGCCCAGGCCCUGGGGAUAGCAAUCACCCCUCAGCUAGCCCAAGCACAGCAGAUCACCAUCACCCCAGAGGAGGCCAAGGACCUGGGGAUUGCUCUCACCCCUCAGCAGGUCAAGGUUCAGGGGAUCAGUCUGACCCCUGAGCAAGGCCGGGCUCUUGGGAUGGCUCUUACCCCUGAGCAAGCCCAAGCACAGGGGAUUAUUCUCACCCCUCAGCAGGCCCAGGCCCUGGGGCUCACUCUCACCCCUCAGCAGGCCCAGGCCCUAGGGAUAACAAUCACCCCUGAGCAGGCCCAGGCCCUGGGGAUAACAAUCACCCCUCAGCUAGCCCAAGCACAGCAGAUCACCAUCACCCCAGAGGAGGCCAAGGACCUGGGGAUUGCUCUCACCCCUCAGCAGGUCAAGGUUCAGGGGAUCAGUCUGACCCCUGAGCAAGGCCGGGCUCUUGGGAUGGCUCUUACCCCUGAGCAAGCCCAAGCACAGGGGAUUAUUCUCACCCCUCAGCAGGCCCAGGCCCUGGGACUCACUCUCACCCCUCAGCAGGCCCAGGCCCUAGGGAUAACAAUCACCCCUGAGCAGGCCCAGGCCCUGGGGAUAGCAAUCACCCCUCAGCUAGCCCAAGCACAGCAGAUCACCAUCACCCCAGAGGAGGCCAAGGACCUGGGGAUUGCUCUCACCCCUCAGCAGACCAAGGCUCAGGGGGUCUGUCUGAGUCCUGAGCAGGCCCAGGCCCUAGGGAUAACAAUCACCCCUGAGCAGGCCCAGGCCCUGGGGAUAGCAAUCACCCCUCAGCUAGCCCAAGCACAGCAGAUCACCAUCACCCCAGAGGAGGCCAAGGACCUGGGGAUUGCUCUCACCCCUCAGCAGACCAAGGCUCAGGGGAUCAGUCUGACCCCUGAGCAAGGCCGGGCUCUUGGGAUGUCUCUUACCCCUGAGCAAGCCCAAGCACAGGGGAUUAUUCUCACCCCUCAGCAGGCCCAGGCCCUGGGACUCACUCUUACCCCUCAGCAGGUCAAGACUCAGAGGGUUUGUCUGAGUCCUGAGCAGGCCCAGGCCCUGAUGAUAACAAUCACCUCUGAGCAGGCCCAGGCCCUGGGGAUAGCAAUCACCCCCCAGUUGGCUCAAACACAGACAAGUAUUUUCACCUCUCAGCUAGCCCAAGCACAGCAAAUCAUCAUCACCCCACAGGAGGCCAAGGACCUGGGGAUUGCUCUCACCCCUCAGCAGGUCAAGGUUCAGGGGAUCAGUCUCACCCCCCAGCAAGGCCGGGCUCUUGGGAUGGCUCUUACCCCUGACCAGGUCAAAGCACAGGGGAUUCUUCUCAGCCCUCAGCAGGCCCAGGCCCUGGGGCUCACUCUCACCCCUCAGCAGGUCAAGACUCAGAGGGUCCGUUUGACCCCUAAGCGGGCCCAGGCCCUGGGAAUAGCAAUCACCCCUCAGCAGGCCCAGGCCCUGGGGAUUACUCUCACUCCCAAACUAACUCAGCCACAGGAAAUCAGCCUCAGUCCAGAGGAGGCCCAGGCCCUGGGGCUCACACUCACCCCUCAGCAGGCCCAGAUACAGAAGAUCUUUCUCACCCCUAAGCAGGCCCAAGCUCUGGGCAUCACUCUUACACCUGAGCAAGCCAAGGCACUGAAGAUUAGUUUGACCCCUCAGCAGGCCCACGUCCUGGGCAUCACUCUCACCCGUGAGCAGGCCAAGGCACAGAGAAUCAGUCUGACACAUGAGCAGGCCCAGGGCCUGGGGAUCACUCUCUCCCUCCAGCAGGCCCAGGCCCUGGGGAUAGCUUCUACCCUUAAGCAGACAGCAGCCUUUGGAAUCACUCUUACCCCUGAGCCAGGCAAGGGAAAAGAGGUCAGCCUGACCCAGGCGCAAGCCUUGGCCCUGGAGAUCAGUCCCACCCCUGAGCAGACCCACAUCUCGGAGAUCUUUCUCAGUCCACAGCAGGCCUGGGACCUGGGAAUCACUCUUACCUCUAGGCAAGCCAAGGUACAGAAAAUAUAUCUCACUCCCGAGCAGGCACAGGCCCUGGGAGUCACUUUCACCCCUGAGCAGGCCAAGGAAUGGAAGAUCAGUCUGACCCCUGAGCAGGCCCAGGCCCUGGGGAUUACUCUCACCCCUGACCAGGCCAAGGUACACAGAAUCAGUCUGAACCCUGAGCAGGCAGAAGCCCUGGGGAUUACUCUCACCUCUGGGCAGGCCCAGGCCCUGGGGAUCCGUUUCACUCCUUCACGGUUCCAGACACCCAAGGGUAUUCCUUUUCCUAAGAAACUCCAGGGUUUGGAUGCUCCGUUAACCUAUGAACAGGCAGCAGCGUUAAAGGGCCGCCCUAUUACAGAGCAAAUUCAAAUCCUGAAAAUCCCUAUUACCCCUGAGUCUAUCCAGACACCCAAACCAGCUGUUGCCUCUAAACAGACCCAGACAAUUGAAAUCCCACUAACUCCUCAACUGUCCCCAGCAUUUGGAAUUCCACUUCCACAGAGGCAGGGUAAAGCAUUGGGCAUCACUCUCAUGCCAGGGCAGACCCAGGCAUUCGAGCAAGUCCAGGCAUUGAAGCCUCCCCUUGCAUCCAGGCAGGCCCCGUUGCUGGGCCAAUUUGGUCCAGGAGAGACACAAACACUAAUGUUCACAAUAGCACUUGAGAAAGCCCAGAAUUUGGGUGUCAUUUUUACCCAGGAACAAAGGCAGGCAGCAUCUAUCACCCUCACCUCUGAGCAGGUGGCAGCGUUAGAAGACGCACUCACUGAAGAACUGGCCUGGACAUGGGGGCUUUUAACCGCACCAGAAAAGCCGGCUACAUUGGUUCCUUCCCCUGACAGACUGUUUCCUGCAUCUACUCCAUUGCAGAAAUUGAAGUCUUUGAGCCAAGCUCCAUUUUCCCCUAGGACGAGCCUAGCAGUGAGCCUUCUUCCUGACUCUGAGAAGCUUGAAGAACCACGCAUCUCUCCCACCUACAGACAGAUUCUAGCAGACAGAGGUCAAGUCACACCCACACAGCUUUUAACACCAGAAGCUACCCUAAGGCAGCUCCCAACACCUGAGGCUCCUUUUACUCCAGGGCUGCCCCUUGGUCAUUGGCAUUCCGUCAAACCUAGAGACACCGGGCCAUCUCUAAUGCCGGAAACCUACCUCACCCACAGAAGACCAACACCACCUCUAGUAUCUGGAGCCCCACCCACCUCUGGAGAGAUUCCAGGUCUCCUUGGUCCUGGAGGCUCUGCUGUCCCCUUCCAGCCUCCGGCCAUCCAUGACCAAGCUUCCUACAUGCAGACCUACUCUACCCCUGGACAGCCAAUGCCAUCACUGAUCAUUCCUGAACAAGGAAUCUCUGUAAGAACUCCUGUCUCAGUGCAUGCGACCACAGCAGAGGCUCUCCCAGUCCCUGGAAGACCUCAGAGAAUUUCUCCCUCUUCAGUCUCUCAGAAAAGGCCGGUAGCUGUCUCCCCUCGAAAACCUGAAUCAAUCAGAGCUCACCCAAGUGCUGCUCUGGGCUUUGAGGUCUCUCAGGCUCUCUUCCCUACAGAGAAGAUCCAAGUAUCAAAGUUUUCUGACAUUUUAGAAGAAACUCGGGUACUCCAAGAUUCUUCUGACAUGAAAUCACUUGGAGUGUUUCAGCCUCAUGUCACUAGUUCCAGGAUACCAGGAUCGAAGGCCCAUCACGUUGGUGAGAAAGCCCCUUUGGCGCGGGAGAAAUCAAUAGCAUCACUACCGUCUCUUACCACUCAAAUCUCCCAAACAUCCCAGACCAUACCUUCUGAAAGGGGCCAAAGACCACGGCUCCCCCCUAUUGAUGAGCCCUGGAUAUUAUCCCCAGUUCCUGGCACUAGGAAAGCCAAGAUGGUGGGGUCCCCCCUCACUGCCCAGCACCACGAAGACAGAUACUUUGUUGAUGUGGAGGCUCAAAGGAGGAAUCUGGCUAUAUUAAAUCAGGCUGUACAAACUGCUGGACUCCCUUCACAGUACCACACAAUUGCCAGGAAUCUCAUAAUUGAAUUACUUCAUCUGAAUACAGUUCGGCUGGGGUAUCUGUCCCGAAAAUAUGUUGCCUAUAGGCUGAUCCAGCUUGCCAGAAACAACGUAAUCAAACGACUAAGAGCCAUCCAGAAUACUGGGAAAGGGUAUGAGACUCAGAACCUCUUUACCAUGCUGGACAGAAUUGAUCACUACCAGAAGAAGGUGAUGUGGUUCUGGACUGAAAAGCAGAACCAGUUAGAGCAGAGGCGGAAGCAUUGUCUGUGGUCCAUGAUGCAGUUCUUCAGCCAGCUUGAAAGAGUGUUUAAACUGAAUCUUAGCCAGCCUGUGCCCUUGCUCUCUGACCUUAAGCAGAUACCUGAUCUUCCCAAAUUUCAACGGCCAGUCUUGGAGUUAUUCAUUGAAGACAAAAAACCUGACAUUUUCAAAACAUUGGGGUAUGUACAAGCUCAGAUGGAGGCCAUCUGGAAUGCUGACCUGUCCACUUCAAGCUACCCGAUAACAGAGAAGACAUCUCUGAGUACGCUCUGGGCCCAGCUGGGUGGGUACCCAGAUAUUCCCAGACUGCUGGAGUUAGAUAUUCAGUCGACCCUCAGAAAAUCUCUUGCUUCCAUCCGGUCACACCCUGAUAUCACUUACCAAUACUUACAUGAAACGCUUCAGAAUUCCUUUCGUUUGAUAUUUCACUUUGGGAAAUGGCACGGUCACAGGGCGGAGGAGAAAGAAUCUGAGGGCUGGAUGGCCAAAUGCUAUGCCUCCUCAUGGUCUCUACAACUCCGAAUAUCCCAAGUGCAGGAGCGGAAUGCUCUAGCCGACACUGUUGAGAAGUUCGAGUCCACUCUCGAGAGUGUGCUACUUCUCUGA